UGCUGCUCUCUCUCACCUGCAGCGCCAUCGCAGCGUUCCGUCCGACUCCAAAGAGCCUGGAGCUUGUCUACGAAGACGUCGUUAUUUCCUUAUGGAAAUACCAAGCCUCAUCGACUCUUUCUUCGAAAACGGGUGGUUUGACUGGCUCGUGCAACCUAAAUUCUUCCGU